ACACAAAGAAACGCGCAAACUAAAUUAUUUGGCGGGAAAUCAAGAUGGCGGACGAAGAGGAGCUCUACCUUGCAAACCUUGAUGAAUUUGUAAACGAUGAGAAUAGAAUUGUAACUUACAAAUGGUUGAGUCGAACGUUGUCAGUAUCCACAAACAGAGCGAAACAGAUGCUGUAUGCCUUUGUUCAGAAACAAAAGAGGUCUAAUUCUGGAUCUGAUAUUAAUGUAACUUACUUGAUUGGAGGAAGAUGUUCAGUGGAUGGAGAUAUGGUACAUAGAUUUGUUAUUACUCAGGAUGAAAAGCUAGAAGAAACUAAAAAGAACUUCUCUUUUUUGACUUCUUUACACAUCUACAGCGUACAGAAAUGUAAAUUAAAGGAUGCAAAUGCAUUAUACACUGUUGACUAUGAUGUACAGCAGCAGUGUGGCAAUGAAACUAAUAGGUGGAGCCAUAUCUACUGUUCAGCUGCAGUACCCCUAGCAGAUAAAGGUGUUAACAGGGGUACCCACCACGUGAAUGGGGCAACAGAUGGUCAUGGUACCAAAAUGACUAAUGGAACUGGUGAAGUACACUCAUCUUCAAGGGGAGCUUCUAAUUCAGCAUUUGACCAAAAAACUAAGACAGCAACUUCAAAGCCAAAGAAAGGACAGAUGCCAACCAUGGAGAUGUUCUCAGCAAAGUCUACCACUAAAAAUGACAAGCAUAUUGGUGAAAAUCCACCUGCUGAAAAAAAUAGAAGAGAUUAUCAGAAUGAUCAAACAAAGCCCAACAGUAGCAACAAAAGUGGUAGCAUGAUGUCAUUUUUUGGAAAAUCCAUAUCAGCAAAAAAAGCUUCAGAAAAGCCAAGCAGUACAGGAAAUGAGAAAGAAGUUAAUCUACACAAAGGCAAAAAAGCUUCAGACACUGCAGGAGAUGAGACAGAACUUAAACCAGCAAAAUCUCAAACAGCCCCAAAGAAACAAGAUCAAGCUGUGGAAAAUCAAAACUCAAAGGAAAGGGAAUUGUCCCCUGAGGAUGAGGAGGAACCUUUGCCUCCCAAAAUUUCCAAAGUUGUGAAUUCAAGUGCUGCAGGUAGCAAGGAUUCAAAGAAUGACAAGCAAAAGCAGAAAGAAGGAAAGCAGGUUGAUAUUUCCAAGAGCAAAGCGGGGAAAAAGAAAGCUGUGACAAAUGAAGAGUCAGACGAAGAACGAGAAGCUAAGCCAAAAAAACGACGAAAACGAACUAAAGAGCUUCCGAAAGAAGACAGCAGCGAUGAUGAGCAAGACAUGCCGAACAGGGACGUGAUCAAGAAGCUCCCCCCUGACCAGAGUUCUUCAGCCAGUGUCAGUCCUCCGCCACAACAGCUGCCUCAACAAACAGAGAGUGGAACAGCAAGGCGACGGAAGAGAACAAGGGCACUUAAAGAUAAAACAUACAUGAAUGAUGAAGGAUUUAUGGGUACGUGAGCAAGAAUAUUCCAUGUUUUGAUGACUGAACGUUCCCGAUUAAUUACAAUAACAACUUCAGUGUCCGUUCUUCCGUCUGUCUGUUUUUUCGUCUACCUUUGUGUCCUUCUGCCUGUCUAUUAGUUGGUCUGCUUU